AGACGAACUUUCACUCUAGUCAUUGUACCGUGCACGCACGAGUUCACGACGUCGGAGCAAGUGCACGUUAUAGAAGCUAGAAAAGGCAUAACCUUCUUUAGGAGCAGAACUGUGUUUUUAUUAUUGACGCAAUACUGUCAUUACUUUGGCAGCUGUGUUAAUUAUCGUUGUUGAUAUUGAUAAUUGUAGAUAAUAAUUACUCGUGGUGCAGCAAGUGGUGGAGAGACGUUCGUUCGUUUUGAACGAGUAGUCAUUUUUUUUUUCUUGUAAAUAGUUCAUUCCACUAUCUAAAAAAAUGACUGGAGCUUGCAACGAGAUAAUUGAAGAUAUCGAAGAUCUGAUAUCUUCUCAAGACAUAACGCCAAAGCAGAGAUAUGCAACUCGAAAAAACAUCAAAGUGCAGCCAGUUGCCAAGAGCAAAGAGGAAAUCGUCCUGCCGGAAUUACAGAUAUACUCCAGUGUUAUUCCAGGUACGCAGACAAUCUACUUGAGAACUUGGGGAUGUACACACAACAAUUCUGACAGCGAAUACAUGGCUGGACAGCUGGCUGAGUAUGGAUAUAACUUAACGACAGACAAAGAAAUUGCUGAUUUGUGGAUUCUCAACUCUUGCACAGUGAAGAGUCCAGCUGAAGAUCAUUUCAGAAAUGAAAUUGAAGCUGGCAGAAAGCUGGGAAAACACGUUGUUGUCGCUGGCUGUGUGCCACAAGGAGCUCCAAAAACUGGUUUCUUGAAAGGAUUGAGUGUGAUUGGUGUUCAGCAAAUCGAUAGAGUAGUUGAAGUGGUAGAGGAAACGCUAAAAGGCAAUACUGUUAAGUUUUUAAGUAAAAAGAAAGUAGCUGGUAAAAAAUCUGGAGGAGCAUCUCUUCUAUUGCCAAAAGUUAGGAAAAAUCCACUCAUAGAGAUCAUAGCUGUUAAUACCGGCUGCCUUAAUCAAUGUACAUAUUGUAAAACAAAACAUGCCAGAGGCGAGUUAGGCAGUUAUCCACCAGAAGAAAUCAUCGAGAGAGCCAUACAAGCCUUCGAUGAAGGAGUCAAAGAGCUUUGGCUGACAUCCGAAGAUACAGGAACCUACGGCAAAGACAUCGGCACCAGCUUACCAGAAUUGCUGUGGAAACUCAUCGAAGUCAUACCCGACGGCUGCAGAAUGAGAGUCGGUAUGACCAAUCCACCCUACAUACUGGAACACAUAGAGGAGAUGAGCAAGAUCCUGCAGCAUCCCAAAGUGUACAGUUUCCUUCAUCUGCCGGUGCAGUCCGGCAGCAACGUAGUGCUCAACGACAUGAAGCGCGAGUACAGGCGCGAGGACUUCGAGCACAUCGUCGACUUUCUGCGCGAGAGGAUGCCGCGCAUCACGAUAGCCACGGACAUCAUUUGCGGCUUCCCCACGGAGACGGACGAGGACUUCGAGGACACCAUGUCGCUGUGCAGAAAGUACAAGUUCGCCAAUCUGUUCAUCAAUCAGUUCUUCCCGAGGCCGGGCACGCCGGCCGCCGCCAUGACACAGAUACCGGCCAAGAUAAUCAAGCAGCGCACCAAGGCGCUUUCGGAGUUCUUUCAGUCGUAUCAGCCGUACGACCACGAGGUGGGCGAGAUCCAAGAGGUGCUGGUGACGGAGAUCGCCACGGACAAGAGGCACUACGUGGGCCACAAUCAGUGCUACGAGCAGGUGCUGGUGCCGAUGCGGGAGGAGUUCAUGGGCAAUCUCGUGCGGGUGCGCAUCGUGUCGGCGUCCAAGCACUCGAUCAAGGGCGAGCCGAUCGACGACCAAAGCGUGACCAAAGUCAACGACGUGGCGGCCCGCAACGCAGCCAACAACAAGCAGCAGCAGCAGCAACGAUCGUUACCCGCCCUCACGCUGCACACGUUCGCCUUCGUAGUCUUAAUUAUCGGUAUCGUCGCGAGAUUGUUAUGGAAAUUUUUCCUGUAAGAUUGAAUAAAGAACACGUAUUUUUUUCUAAUUGUAAAA